CGCCUCGCACGCGCAGGCCGGCCGCGACGCGAUACCACCGAACUAAGGGCCCGCCAUGGCGUCCAAGUUCUGGGGCGGCGACAGCUCCGAUAGCGGAUCGGACAGCGGAUCGGAGUCCUCCUCCUCCUCGUCAAACGGGUCCGGGUCCUCGUCCUCCGGGUCCUCGUCCUCCGGGUCGUCCUCGUCCUCGGAGUCGGACGCGGGGCCGUCCAAGUACCUCCAGGCCGGGUCCUCGGACUCCUCCUCCGAUGAGGGCGUCCGCGUCGUGCGAAGCGCCAAGGACAAGCGCUUCAUCGAGGCGCGCGCCAUCGCGGACGAGAUGCGAAACAAGAUCAAAAACAACGACUGGAUCUCGCUGCAGACGCUGUUCGACAAACUGAACAAGCAGCUCGAGAGGGUCAUGCGCUUGCAAAACGAGGUCGGCGGCGGCGUCCCGAAGUUCUACUACCGCGCGCUCGCGACGUUGGAGGACGCGAUCGAGGCGACGUUCGCAAACAAGCCCGCGAUCAAGAAGAUGUCCUCCACCAACGCCAAGGCAUUCAACGCGAUGCGGCAACGCUUGAAGAAACACCAGCGCGACGACCCCACCGUGGAGGCGGGGAUCCGAGCCGCGCACGAGAAGAUGGAGUCCACGGACGAGGACGAGAGCGAGCCGGAGAGCGACUCGGACUCGGACGCGGAUGACGACGACGACGAGAAGGAGAAUAAGCAAUCCGCCGACGCCGACGACGGCUUCGAGACGGUCGGGAAGGGCGGGAAGACCAAGGGCAAGGGCGCGGCGGCGGCCGCGGCGGCGCAGCCGCCGAAGGAGCUCGACGUCAUGACCGCGCCGAAGGAGAAGAUCACGUACGAGAUGGUGGACAAGAAGCUCAAGGACAUCAUCGCCAGCCGCGGGAAGAAGGGGACGGAUCGUCACGAAAACGCGGAAAACCUCGCCUACCUGGCCACCGUCUCCACGUGCGCGUCGCAGGAGAUCGAGUCGCUCAUCAUGCUCAUCAGCGCGCAGUUCGACAUCUCCGGGAGCAUGUCCGCGCACAUGCCGAUCCCGAUCUGGAAGCGGUGCGUGAACAACCUCCUCAGGAUCGACAAGCUCCUCUCGGAGAAUAAACAGAUCACGCUCACGGAGGACGUCGAGCCCCAGCCCAAGCCUCCGCCGGAGGACAUCGUCGCGGGCGCGCCCGUGCAGCUCUGGGGGUCUCUGUGCGCGUUCACCGAGCGUCUGGACGACGAGUACUUCAAGUCGAUGCAGUCGAUCGAUCCGCACAGCAAGGAGUACCUGUUCAGGAUGCAAGACGAGUCGCUCUUCAUCGUCCUCUGCGCCGCCGUCGUGCGGUACUACGAGAACCGCGACGACGCGACGGAGAUUCACUGCAAGCUGUCGCUUCGUCUGCUCGAGCACCUGUACUACAAGCCCGAGCCCGUGUACGAGGCGCUGAGGAAGUUCGCGACCGCGAAGCUCGAAGACGCGGACGCGCUCGAGGCGAAGCUCGCCGCGGACGCCGUCGCCGCGGCGGCGGCGGCCAAGGCGAAGGAGGAGGCGAAGAGGAUCCGCGAUAAGCAGGCGGAGGAGGAGGACGAGGAGUACCUCGACGACGAGGACGCGGACCAGGCGGAGGCGAAGGAGGCGCAGGAGAUUCCGUACCCCGCCGGGUUCAGGUUCCCCGCGCCGUCGCUUCCGGAGACGCUCAAGAAGCUGUCGCUGACUAUUUACAAAGACGGCGACACGCGAAGCAAAGCGCGCGCGAUGCUGUGCGAGAUUUUUCAGAAGGGCCUCGUCGGCGACUUCCGCGCCGGCCGAGACCUCAUGCUCAUGUCGCACCUGCAAGAGAACAUCUCGCACAUGGACAUCUCGACGCAGAUCUUGUUCAACCGCGCGAUGGCGCAGCUCGGCCUCGCCGCGUUCCGCGGCGGGUUAUUCGCCGAGGCGCAGUCGUGCCUCGGCGAGAUGUACCAAGGCGGCCGCGUCCGCGAGCUCCUCGCGCAGGGCGUCACGCAGUCCCGCUUCCACGAGCGCUCCAUCGAGCAAGAGAAGCUCGAACGCCGUCGUCAGAUGCCGUUCCACAUGCACAUCAACCUCGAGCUCUUGGAGUCGGUGCACCUCGUGACGUCCACGCUCGCGGAGGUGCCGUACAUGACGCAAACGUCCACGCGGCGGGCGCGGUCGACGAAUAAGCCGUUCACGCGAAUCUGCGAUAACUACGAGCGGCAGACGUUCAACGGCCCGCCGGAGAACGUUCGGGAUAACGUCAUGGCCGCGGUCAGGUUCCUGCUCGACGGGCGGUGGUCGCACGCGAAGGAUAUCAUCCUCGGGUUGGAGGCGUGGAAGCUCCUUCCCGGCGACGCCGCGCCCGUGCUCGAAAAGGUUGUUAACCGCCUCAAGGAGGAGGCGAUGCGAACGUACCUGUUCCAGUUCGCGGCGCAGUACAACUCCGUGUCCAUGGACGUCAUCGGCAAUAUGUUCGACCUCGACCAGAAGUCCGCGCACUCCAUCGUGAGCCGAAUGAUCAUCAACGAGGAGCUGCGGGGGAUGUGCGACGCGGUGACCAACUCCGUCGUGAUGUCGCACGCGGAGCCCACCCGUCUUCAGUCGCUCGCGAUGACGUUCGCGGAGAAGUGCGCGGUGCUACUCGACGCGAACGAGCGCGCGCUCGAGCUGCACGUCGGCACCGGCGGCGCGCAGCUGUUCGAUUACGACGACGACGGCGGCGGCGACGGCGGGCGACGCGGCGGUCGCGGCGGCCGCGGCGGGAGAGGCGGCCGCGGCGCGGGCGGGGAGUGGGAAGACGACGGCGGCGGCGGUCGCGGCGGGCGGGGCCGCGGCGGAAGAGGCGGGAGAGGCGGUGGUCGCGGGAGAGGCGACCGCGACGGCCGCGACGGCGGCGGGCGGCGCCGGCAGGAGAGCUACUCGAACUUCUCCACGCGACGGGGCGCGGAGGGCGACUUCGCGAAGCGCGGCGGCGGGAAGUUUAAGAAGGAUCCGAAGGAGGACCAACGCGAUCCCACGGAGCGGAUGGUCUCCCUCAAGGCUGGGAACUGGAGGCGCUGA